UCUAUCUUCUCGCAAUCACAUUAAACCAGUUCUUUAUUGUCAUUUGCAUCAUCGGCCGUCAACUGGCAAUCCUGAACCAUUGAUUUCUAGAUAUUUCCCACUGUUAAGCAUUUGGCGUGGAGAUAAAGAGAGAGAGAGAGAAAGGCGUAGGGGAACAAGUAAUACGGGCCUUUGUCUGUAUUCCAGAAGGGGUGCGAAUGUUGGAAGCAUAGGAAGCAAAACCGCAACCCCAUUUUUGCUGAAAAUGGCGGCACCCUAAAUAAAAUCCCCAAAUUGAAAAACGAGAGAGAGAGAGAGACAGAGAGAGAGGUGAUAGAGAUAGGGACGCUUGUGUAUGGAUGUAUUUGUAUAAACACUUUUAGAGAGAGAGAGAAGAAAAAGAAAAACCCAUUGAAACAGGGUUGCUUUUCUCGCUUCAACUUUUGGGGUUGCUGUAUUUUUGGGUUUUGUUUGGGUUUCAUUAUUAUUAUUUUAUGUUUUUGGUGAUUCGGGCUUCGGGGUUGUUGUUGUGGUGGUUGUUGUUGUUGUUCAUGUUGUGAAGAUGGGGAUCACUGGAAAUAAGAAGAGGGUGGUAGACGAUGGUACGGAGAAAGCAGCAUCUUUGCAGUGUGAGGUUGGGUUGGGUUUGAGGACGCAACGCACCGAAUCAUUCCCUACUAAAAGCAUGAUGGUGAUGCCCCAUCGUCUCCCCCCCCCUCCUCCUCCUCCUUAUCUUCAUCCUUGCUCUGAGACUACUAGUAUGAGUUUUGGUGGCGGCGACGGCGUCGGCGGCGGCAGGACCAGUUUUUGCAGCCUGAGCAACCAGGUGGGUCGUUUGAGCAAGAUUUACGAUGUUGUCGGUGGGGGAUCUGUUUCUACCGGUUCUGUAGCUGUGCCAAGGAGUACCGGUUUCCUCCCAUUUCCCUCUGAUUCUUCCUUAAAAUCCUCUGGAGAUGGAGGCAUGCAAGUUGGAGCCAGUGCAAGAGGAGCUGCUUUCACAGCCUCUCAGUGGCAAGAGCUCGAGAGGCAGACCUUGAUCUACAAGUACAUGAUGUCCGCCAUGCCUGUGCCGCCUGAGCUUCUUGUUCCCAUUUCCAAAUCCCCAUCUCCAUCUCCUUCAUCUCAAUCCAACAUGUCUGGUGUUGUGGAUUUAAGGUUUUCAAGAAACUCGGAUCCAGAGCCGUGGAGGUGUAAACGGACGGACGGGAAGAAGUGGCGGUGCUCGAGAGACGUGGCCCCACAUCAGAAGUACUGCGAGCGACACGCCCACAAAAGCAGAUCUCGUUCAAGAAAGCAUGUGGAAUCAUCGCAACACCACCCCACCGCCACCGCCGCCGCCGCCGCCUCCUCUAAAAUCGUCAGUACCAAUUUGACCACGCAUCCACUUCGUCUCCCCGCCAAUUCCGCCGCCCAGGCCUUCCAAAAUCCAGCCUUUCACCUCCCAACCAUGGCUUCCGGUGCAACCUGUGGUCAGUCCAGGUGCUCGGAGUGGGUGAUCAAAGGGGAUCCUAUCCCCGGUUCGAUACUAGACCAGCAAUGGCAGCAACUAAUGCUAUCCUCAUCGAGACUGAAGAUGUACAACAACGACCAGAGCAAGGAUGUUUUCGUUUUCCAACCACAAUAUGAAGAACAAGAACCUUUGAGCACAAACUCGUACAUUAAUGAUAUGGUUGACAGCCAGGGAUUUAACAAUCAACAGGCCAAUGACCAAUUCUGCCCAUUGAUUGGUCCAGAAAUGCUACAAGGAGCUACAAAUGGUGACGAAUCGCAGAGGACAAGGCGAUUCAUCGACGCCUGGUCAUUGGGAGAGAGAUCCGGAGAGGAGAUGGAUGAAAUCGGAAAUAAGUGCUCUGUUUCUUCCGGCAGGAAGCUGCCAUUAUCGUCUCUCUCUCUUUCCAUGUCAGGUGCUAUUGGGAUGGAUGAAGAAACCACGAAUGCCCUCCCGUUGAUGGGCCCUGAAAGGGAAGAUGGCUCUAGCUUCAGAUCGCAGUGGCCUAAUCCUGUUUCCUGGAUGAGUUCGCCGCCGGGUGGACCAUUGGGCGAGGCCUUGUGUCUCGGCAUUGUGAGCAACGCGAAAGCAUCGUCUGAUGCGCCGUCUCCUCACGGCUGCAGCAACAACAGCACCACCACCAGCAAUUGCAGCAAAAGCUCGUGCGAAGAUAGCAGCCAGCAGGGGCUGCAUUUUCAUUGACAUGUUAAGCAAAGUUGGUCGAAUCGAAUGUUCUCUUCUAAUAUAUGAUUCGUAUAAAAAGCUUCUAUUUUAUCA